UUUACAGUUUACCGUCUUUUUUUUGUUGGUUGGCUUGUGUACAAAAAGUAUGUUAGCCUUAUAAUUUUAUUUAGAUUCUUUACAGGAUUUUAUUUAUGAAAUGGCUGAGGUUUGUAGUGUCUUUUAUGCUCAGAUUUUUAAACAGAAAUGCGAAAAGUAGAGAAAUGUCGAGAAAAUCUUUCCACAUCUGUGUGGAUUUUGACGUUCAUGCUGUAACAUGUCCAGGAGUAUGGCUGUGCCCAAAAGGACGUAUAGAGUUGAGAAUAGCCAUGCUUGGUCUCUCAGUUAACACCAAGGCGAUUGCUCCAUCAUUCCCGCUCCUGUUUCACGAGAAAUUCCGAUUUCAUAAGAUGCUACGCUCAGUAAACAGUCUGACAGCACUACAGGGUGUGCUAAAAUCACGCAACCUGCACAUCCAACUGUUGCAUACUACUGUGCCACCCAAGGGAGGGGGUAAGCGGUGUCAACGUGGUGGUUCCGGCUGCACCACGGUUCUGGCCACUUUCCGGUCACCCAUCCAGGAUGUGUUCUAUCCACCGUCGCCUGCCUCACAUAACCUCAAUGUCGGCACAGAUGUGGAUCUACUUCUGAAGCCUACUAAUUGUUUUCCGGGUAUAAUAUCGCCAAAAGCUGAGAUCUCAACGCGGGUGGUGAUUGAGGAGGUUGUGAAUUACUGCAGUCCUGAACGGGUCAUCAAUCCAGUCACUGUCUCAUCAAAGGCAGAGAAUAGGACAGAAGAUGUGAGUCCAUUAGUAAGACAGAGAGCGGUAUGUCAUUCAGAUACCUGCCAAUGUUGUGACUGUUAUAAAGCAAAGAAGAACUCCAAUGUGCAGACUCCGUUCCUCAUUGGUCCAUUACCCAGGAGACCAGGGUUUCGGCCUAAACAACAUAAACGGCUGACUAAAACUAGAAACAGAUCUGCAGCUAUUGAAAGCAAAAAGCUCAGAGAAGAGAAAGAAGAUAUUGUACCGCACAUUAACUGUAAUUGUGAUCCACCUGAAGAUGAGGAAGGCUCAACUGUAUGCAAAUGUAUUCUCUGCAGAAAAUACAAAGAUUACUUUCCUUCAGGGGAUUAUUCCUCUUCUGAAUUGGACAAUAAACCUAAGCCAAAACCGAAGAAAAAUACGUGUAAAUACUGCUGUGGUGAUCAGAAAGAAAUGAGAAAGCAGAGACAAUCCAGUAGUCCUGUUAAACAGUUGGAGAAUUGUUGUCCAUGCAUGUUGUUGAACAUAGUUCCAGUGAUAGACGAACUUGAUAGAGCACAGGAAAACGAAUACGGUCCUUCAUACAAAAACUUGCAAGCCGACUGUCCCAACUGUAUCAACCAGAUAGAGCCUCGCUCGAUAACUGUUCUAAAAUCGGCACUGGGUGGCGACGUUACCGCGGACCAGAGGUGGAUGGGUGACCGUUCUGCACCCGGCAUACAGGGGUGCAGCUGUGGCAUAUAUUCGUGCCACGAGUGGCGAAGGAAAAGGACGGAAGAGUCCACCAUCAAGCAGCGGUAUCUAUCCUUGUUUGGCAAGAAAGCUCUAGAUUAGACGAGAAAAGCGAUAAAGCCUUUAGAGACGGACGCAAGAAUUUUUAUUUGAGUUUGGAAGAGUAUUAUCGACAACUCUAUGCUAGAGCUAGACAGCGGUCAUCGGCUGAAUUUGUUAAUGCUUGCGCUUAAUUGUUUUUUAAUUUCAAAUCAAUUUUUAAAGUUUUAAGCCGUUUAAAUCCUUAUUUAAUCACCAAAAUCAACGUGGAAUGUGAUGUAUAAUCGAUUAUGUUUUGGUAAGUCAGUUGUUAUUCAUUUUCAACUUGUCCAAAUUAUUUGAUCGUCUCAAUAAAAGUGAGUAAGAUAAUUGAAA